AUGCGGGGUAGGCGUGGCCGCCGCGGCCCUUCAAAGUGUGGGAAGAUGGCGGCGGCGGCGGCGGGCGCUGGCGGCCGGGCCGCGCUGCGGGGGCGGCGGCGGCGGGGGCGGCCCGCGGCCGAGGAGGAGCAGGACGGGGUGGUGCUGGCGGUGGCGGAGUGCCCGGUGUGCCGGCAGGCGCUGGCGGAGGCGGUGACGGUGACGCCGCCUUGCCGCCACUCGCUCUGCCUCGCCUGCUCCCAGCGCUGCCUGCAGGGCCCGGGCCUGUGCUGCCCGCUCUGCCGCAGCCGCCUCUCCACACGGGCCCGGCGGCAGCAGGCCGAGCCCGCAGCCACCACGGCGGCCGGAGGAGGAGGCGGGGAGCAGCGGCCGCCGGACCAAGAUUUUAUAUUCAGAGCACCCAUUAAAUUAAGCAAACCAGGGGAACUCCGAGAAGAAUAUGAAAGCCAGCUAAGGAAGCUGAGAGAAGAAAAACUGCAAGAAGAAAAGGCAUCUGAGGAGCUGAUUCACAAGUUCGUUGUAGAUGACAUGGAUGUAGGGAAGAGAAAAACAGAGGAACAGCAGAAAAAGGACGAAUCUGUCGUGCUGAAAGUGAACCAAGAGUGUUUUCCUGAACGUCUCUCGGAUUCAGAGAAUGAAGAACCAUUCCAGGGCAAGCAAACGCACCGGUCAGCUUUUGUUUCCAAGACCUCCUUUGCUUUCCUUUCAGGGAAUUUAACUGCCAAGCUGGAGAGGAGUCGAAGCUGCAACGACACCAUUCAGGAGAGAUCCAAGAGCAGGCAGAGAUCAGCCCCAGCCAACAAAACAAAGGUGCUGCCUGUGACUGGCACGUCGACACCGCUGGUCGGGGUCCUGUCGUCCACCCAGAACAACCGCUGCCUCUCGGCCCCAGACCUGACGGCUGAGAAGCGCCUGGUCCUCACCGCCGUGUCGUCCCUCUCGGCCCUGCACAAGCCAGAGCGAUCCAUCAGCCCAGAGAGCAACGACAGCAUCUCUGAAGAGCUCAACCACUUCAAGCCCAUUGUCUGCUCCCCGUGUACUCCUCCGAAGAGGCUUCCCGACGGCAGAGUCCUGAGCCCUCUCAUCAUCAAGUCCACGCCGAGGAACCUGAACCGGAGCCUGCAGAAGCCAACCACCUACGAGGCCAGUCCAAGAAUACUGAAAAAAUGGGAGCAGAUAUUUCAGGAGCGUCAGAUCAAAAAGACUCUCUCUAAAGCGACCCUCACAUCCCUGGCUGCAGAGCCUGUGGAAGACGUUACGGUUCCUGACAUCACCAACUCCAGCACUUGCACUAAAGAGCAGCCACAAGUGCAGGAUGACCACCUUCCACCUGACACAAUGGGAGAGCCUCAUCCCAAGCUGGAUUCCUUCCCUUCCAUCAGUGAAAUGAAGCUGGGAAGAGGGAGCGAGAAGAACAAGGGUUCACAGGCCUUAACAAGAGAUGACAGUGCUGCCGAAGUAGAUGUGAGAUCAAAUGUAACCUCCUUGAACACACGAGUGUCUGAAGGCCCUGACCUAAAACUCAUGGACAAAUCCUGUCUUAGUCUUGGCCCAAAAAUGCUGAGCGUGGGCAUUGGCACGACGCUGCCUGACAGCAGCACACUCGGAGUCCCUGCCAAGGCACCGGCGAAAAAGCAGCUGAAAUACCUGAACAACAGCAAGUUGAUGAACGUGCAGAACAGCACCUGCAAUUCCGUCGGGAACAUCAUCACGGAACAGCCGCCGCUCCUGAGGCGGGGCCGGAAGAGAUGCUGCAAAACAAAGCACUUGGAGCACAACGGCUCCGUCAAGAGACUGAGGCACACAGCAGGGGAGGUGCCUCCGGAGGUGCGGGAGAGGGAGCAGAAGCUCCAGCAGGAGGAGGAGGACAGGAGGUUGGCCCUGCACCUCCAGCGGAUUUUCGACAGCGAGAACAGGACAGUGGACAGGCGGAAAGUCCGAGUGGAUCGGUACCUGCUGCGCUCCAAGAGCACUCUGGGAGCCAAGUAGCACUGGUGGGCCGUGCUGCCUUUCUAGAGGACGAUGAGGUUUAUCAGAUUGUCUUAUAGGAGAACUAUUUUUUGCCCUACUUCCACCCACACCAUUGUUUUCUUGUUCCAGUGGUAAGGCGUUCGUAGGUCCAGUUCGGAGAGAAGCCAGAGUCCUUUCAGAUUUGAAAAAAAAAAACAGGAGAGAAUGAGGAGAGAAAAUCCUUUCUGGUCCAUUGGUCUGAAGGCGUUGUUAUCCCUGUGAAUACACUGCAAGGCCUCCACGUGCACGUGGGUUCCCCAGCCUGGAGGGUUGUGAACAUGGGGUACGAGGUAAGGACCUCGUCCAUCCCUUGCCAAGGGAAAUCUGAGCUCUGCUCAUAGAAAUUAGGUUUGUUCUGUCUUACAGUUUUCUUCUCUCUGCCUGCCCGAUUUUCUCCCUCAGACUGUGGAGUCAGGCCUUAUCCAUGUCAAAUGACUUGAGGGCUGCUGGGGAGGGAGCCUGUUCUGUAUUUCUCCAAGGAAAUCCCAAAUAGAGCCCCGUGGAGUACUUAAAAAUGAAUGUAUCUCACUGUCUGCACCAGCAGUACAGACCAUACGUCACUUUCUUGAAGUAAAAAACCAAAUGCAGUUAAAAAAAGAGACCUAAAAUAAGGAUUUUACCGAAAAGCCUUAUAGGGACUUGUAAUUCCAUGUUAGUGACAGGGCAGAGAGCUUGGGUGGAGCAUUGGGCGCUGGGAUCCAGGGAGCUUUUCUCUUAGUCCCUGCCUCUUCCAACCCAGGAGGGUUUCCUGUUCUUCCCUCUAACACUGAAGGAAGGGAAAUGCCGGCUGGGUGAUUUUGUGAAGGACGUUCUCCCUGUUGACACGUACCCUCAGGAUCUUGCUUGGUUAAGAGUUCUCUCUCUAAGACCUGUUCUUACAUGUCCCAGAGGAGACAUCCUGAGGGAUCUGACACAUCCCUGUGCUCUCUAGGCACCCAAUGGUUGGCUUUGGAGCUGGGAUGGGAGACCAGCCUUCCACAGGACUUCCCCUGCUCUGAGCUCCCUGGCUCCAGGUCCAAACCACUAAAAAAGCUCAGGUGAGCAAUGCACUAAAAAUUCCCACUUCCAGGCAUAAAAUUGGGCCUGCGGCAGAGCUGGCCCAGAGCCUGGGCUUGGUGGAGCGUGUGUUCUCUGCCCAGAUGUGGCCUCCCACCCUUUGAAUGUUUGUAACACUCAUCCAUCCAUUAACUCUGUGGAUUAUUUCCAGUAAUGGAGCUCAAACAACACUGUUCCACCUCGAUCCUUGAAAGCUGCCUUGCAGAGUAUUCACUGGGAUCCUCGGAGCCCACAAGGAUCUUUGUCCAGGGUGGAGCUGUGGCGUUCCCCACCAGCCCACCCAUGUGCCAGAUAUUUUUGGGGAUGAGUACAGUGCUGGGGCAAGCUUCUCCAUGGAUGGUGUGAAGGGAGGACACCCAGUGCACUAAAACAAACAGAUCUGAUCUAAAAGAACAUUCGUUGCCCAAUUUCCUCUGUCUAAAACCGGUUGAAUUUUCUCCCUCCAUCUUAAAACGGUUAAAAAGAAAACAGGAACUGGUUUUCUUUUUCACUGCAAGGACCCUGGCAGGUUUUUUUUUUUUCCCUAAUUGAACUGGAUUUUUUCAAAAAAAAAAAAAGGACAAAAAAAAAAGAAAUCUUAUAUUUUAAUGGAUAAAAUUUAUAUAUUUUAAAUACUAUAUUUCAAAAGAUUGACACUUUUGUUUGGAGAAAUCUUAUAGCAAUGAUUCCAUAAUAUAUAUCUGUAUCUCUGGAUCUCCUUGCCACCCAAACUACUGGAUGGGUAAAGUUGUCCCCAGGACUGGUGAGACCUGGCCUGCUCUGUCUUCCCAGCAUUCCAGGCCCUCUCAGAGCCUUGGGAGGUGUUGCUUGAAUCGGGUGCUUUUGGCCCAAACUGAGUGCUGCUCCUCUUUCCAGCUGUGAAUUAGAAGGAAAUUGAGGAAUUAGAGCCUUGGCCAGAUCUGGAAGAGUAGCGUGGAGAGAAGGAGCGAUGGCCUGGAUCUGCCCUUGGAGUUCAGGAGGGAAAGCCACAGCUUUAACUCACAAUCCAUGUGGUUUCUCCCAACAUUUUGAGCUAAAGUAUGCACUUCCCAAGUGCAUUUAGAUUUAGAAUUAUUUUUCCACAGUUAAUUCCUGGAGCCCCAGUCAGACUUCCUUAAAGUUUCCUUCUUUCUCGUGGCACUUCUUGUGUGGGUUCAGCCAGGCCUGGGCUGCCAUACCACAAAAAAAGCUAGAUUUACAUGCUGAAUGUAUCUUUCCUUUCCCCUCUUAAAACAGAUUUCACAGCCCAAUGCACCAGGACAGUGUCUUAAAUAUCUCCUUUUGAAAAGAUUUUACAAAUAUUUUGGGGGUUUAUGCGUUAAUCUCCUCUUUCCAAAUCUGAGCUGGGCAGGGAGGCAUGCCUCAGCUGGAGUUUGUCCCCAGCCAAAAAAAGCUCCAUGGGACCCCUCGUUCCCCCAGCUCCCCCCAAAACAGAGAUCCCAACUCCCCAAGCAUCAUGCACAGGCUGUGGCAUCCACAUUUAAGGAGACCUUUAUAUGUGGAAUCACAAUCGUGGAAGGGUUGCGGCAAUGCGAAGCAGGAUGAAUGUUUUAUUAAUUUAACACUCUCAAAGCCUGUGUAAGCUUGCACAAAGGAAACAAAAAUUGUAAAUAAUUACACUCAAAAGAGCAGGAGUUCCCAGCCUCUCCCAUAAAAAGGUCAGGAAUGGCACUACCUUUGCCAGAAAUUCAGCCAGCUGAGGAGGAAAAUACCUCUUGCAAGAUGUGCAGAGGCCUGAGAUGAAACCAAGUAUUUAUUCACACUUUAGGAAAGUCCUUUCUAACCCUCAGCCUUCCCUCUGGGAUGAAGGCAUCCUUUGUGAGAGCAUCCUCCCAGAAUGUGAAGCUGGGGUUGGUUCCAUGACUUGUGUCUGCCAAAGAUGCCACUGACUCCGGAAAGUUGCUUUCUAACGCUCUGGAGCAAUUUGCCUGGGAAAAGCCGCACGGAAAGGUCCGUGUUUGGAGCCAGCAAGAUCAGAUAAAUGAAGGAAAAGUGCCAAAAGGGAUCAUACCAGGUGAUUGUAUGAUGAUGUUCUUAUAUUGUCAGUAUUUCUCUUCCAAUGCUCUUGUACCUGCAGUGCACAGUAGUCAGGAAGUGUAACUUGACCAAGUAUUUUCUCAAUGAAAGCAAAGGGGGAGGUUGAAGCCUUAAAGACUCUCACUGAUUUUAAAAACCAAGCCUUUAGCACUGCUCCGAGGGGAGAGACCCUCCGACAGCCCUGUCCUGUCUCCCAGCUGUCCAGCAAAAGCCUGACGAAGAGCUUGUCCUGUGCAUUAGGGGAAGCAUUUCAGGAAAACCUGGACCAUUUCACACCUGAGGGCAAAACUAACCACUGUCCACGAUGAACAUCCAUGGAUGGGAGCUGGGUAGAAGCACAGCAUGGAAACUGGGAUGAUCCACACACCUGACACAAACUUUCCCCCUCCCCAUGUCUGGAAAACGCUGCAACUCAUCCGCUCUAGAAUUAGCUCUUCACUAUGCAAAUGGGAAAACCCUCAGCUGGGCACGGAUUGGGAUUUGCUGUCAAACUGUUCAAAACAAACCUAGAUGUCGCUACACUUUUUUUUUUUUUUUCCCAAUAAUGCUUUAUAUUGUGCUUUUCCAUUUGUGGAAAAAUUCCAAUUGUGCUUUCGCGUUCUAAGCUUGCCAGCAGAGCACUGGGCUGGUGACAAGACUUUCACGGUCAUUUUGGGUCUCAGCUGAACCACCUGAAUGUUUUCAAAAGGCACCGAAGGACCUUUGACUUGCAUGUGUGAAAUGUGUGAGUGGAAUGACACGCAGGCAAUCCCUCAUGUUGUGGCUUCUGUUUGUUUGAAACAGAGUAAAUCCUGCUUGUGAAACAACUGUCACAAACCAGAAACACGCCAACAAAUAGCAAAUGUGUACAAAUAAUGUUGUACGUUUUAACAGCAACCAGGACUUGGAGAGACUGCAGGGCAGAGGCCGAGGUUCAAACAGAAUAAAACCAGGUUCUGACAGUGAAA